AUGUAUAAUUGGACUACUGGAUUGUGUGAAACCGUUAGAAAUUCACCGGUAGAUGAUGUUUUUUGGAGGUUUUUGAUGUAAAUGCGUGUUUAUAUAUUCUAUUUGAUUAUUGAUCGUUAAAGAAGAAUUAAUUUUUUAUUAAGAUGCCGCGGAGUCGCGAUUUUAUUGAUGCGCAUUGGUUCUACAGCAGCUAUGAAGAUUCUGAAAGGUAUAUCGAAAAAUGUUGAUAAUGAUAAAUGAUCGUAGAAGCACGGAAUCAGCCGACGGAAAUUUUUGAGCCGCCACAUGAACCAGAAUCAACGGAAGAUUACCGCGGGCCGAGCAAUUCAAUAAGUUGCUUUCAAAUGUCAACGUUGGUUGUUUUUUGCUCACUGUUCAAGUGUUCUUUUUUAUAUGUGCCAAACUUUUUGCCCUUAUGUAAGUAGUUUCAACCGUUUCCGUGUCGAAGUCCCAACGUUUUUUAUUGAAAGUUGCCCAACCAUCUGCCUUGACACAAUGCGUUUUUCUUCUAUUUUUUUGCAAGUAGCGCUUAUAUCAAUAUGCAGGCGUAUCUUUAUUGUCUUGAAGAGUUUCUAUUAGAUUGAUCAAUACGGUUUCCGUUGACAGUGAUUUAGAUAGAGUCAAAUAUUUAUACGGGUCUUUUACGGCCAAAAGUUUUUUUGCUUCCUCGAAUAUCCUGUUACGUAUACAUAUCUUCAGUUUUUUGCUCGUUGUUUUGUUACUUAUGUCUAUCUGUUUCCAUUGAUGAUCCUGAUUGCUUUUAAUGUUUUCAAUUCGUUUCAAUAAAUUUGGAAACAGUUUCAAACGCGAUUAGAUGAGUUUACUGCGGAUGUGUUAACGAUUCGCAUUCAAUAAGGGUUUCUCUAUUUCCUCCCGGAGCUAUUUCAGAAAUUUUUCCGUGCCCCCCCCUAAAAGGGACCCCUAAAAAAAUUCGUAGGGGUCCCUAUAGGGUUUCAUUUAGGGACCCCUAUAGGGCCCCCUCCAAGGGGCCCUAAUUUAUCCCCUAUAGGGCUCCCUAAAACUUAUCCCAGUAACGCGAACGGGACGCGAAACGGACGUGUCGGGGCAUUUCUAGUGACCACUUUAGUAGCCUCAGAACUCUUAAGGGAUCCCUAGAAUCGCCCAGAAACGUCCGGAGCACAUCCGUUUCGCGUUACCAAUGUCCGAGUCGCCAUUUUUCGAAUUUUCGCUUUUUCAUCGUUUUCUUUUCGCUUUUCAAUUUUGUCUGUUGUUAAUGGCGUGUUCAUCGGGCAAAACGUAAAUUGCUUCAAAACGCAAAAAAUUUGCCCCUAACAAAAAUUAGUACUGUUUUGAAGCAACUUUGGCGCGCCGAUGAACACGAUUUUUCGUUUUGAAGCAUGUUCCUUUUCUCCGAUGAACACGCCAUAACAAAGUUCUUUUCGUCACAGAAAACUGCUAUUCAUGUAUAAUUUACUAAAUUUGAUUGCAAAAUGCUUUUCUGUAGAAGAAUGAUGAUUUUUACAGCUUUCGGAUAUGAAAUUGAUAUGUUGCGUUUCCUUUAUUAUCCGUGUUUGUUUUUUGUUUGUCUCAAUGAUUUUUUCAGAAAAGAAACCCCUGUUUGAUUGAACCCCGGUUUUUUACUGCCUUUAAACAGGCGUACUCGCUAAAAAGGAAGAGCUUAACUUCCGGUAUUUGUAAGACAUACUUCACGUAAAUUGACAAGAGAUUUAUCAUCAAGCGCUCUUUUUCACACCGCUUUGAUUCGUUUUUUUUUUCUUUCUAGGCUACUGAUAACGCAAAACGGACGUGCUGCGGACGUUUCUGAGCAAUUCUAAGGGUCAUUUAGGAAUGCUGACGCUACUAAAGUGGUCACUAGAAGAAAUAACCCAACACGUCCGACUCGCGUUACCAAUUUCCGGUUUUUCGCUCCUGUUUGGGAUUUGUUCAUUGCCUUUUCGAAGUGAUCCGCGAAAUUCAAAAUAUCGUUCAGACAGUUUGUGGAAAUUACUUAAACAUUAAACGCGGCGUUAUCUUAUCUCGUCAUAUUUCAUUCCUUUUUGAUUUUCUUUCAAUGCUUGAAAUCUUGUGAGUUCAAGAAUAUGACAAGAUAAAACGUCCGGACGUGUUGAAGCAUCCCCAGAAUUACUCAAAAACGUUCAGAGCGCUUUCGGUUUUCGUAACCGAGCUCUUAGACAGAGUUAUGCGAGGGCCGGAUUGUCAGCCUAACGGUUCAAUCAUUGUCUGAACCCGGGCCAGGCUGAGCGAAGCUUCAAGCAUAAACAAGCCCAAAAAAAGCUCAAGAUUUUUUUCCGAGCCGAACAUCAUCUUUUUUUUUUUUACAAAAAGUUAUAAAAUGUCUCUGAUAAUUUUUUAUACUUGAAAGUUCAAGAGAAACUAGGAAUUUGGAAAUUUGCGUUUUUUGGUGAGAAAUUCGAGUUUGGAUACAAUUUUUCAAAAAAUUUUUUUGAAGCCUUGCCUGGCUUCAAAAAAAAAAUUCGCGAAAAUUUUUCGAGCCAGGCGCACGAGUCCGGACCUGGGUACCGCAAAACGUAAGCGCCUCGGAGCCAAAGAAACGUCCAGGACGAGUUCGAUUAGCGUUACCGAGGUCCGAGUAAUUGAAGGCCAAAUCAAUGAAGCUUGCGCGGGCUCUGACCAAGCCAGGCUCCGAACAAAGUUUUUAAACUUCAUCAAAAACAUUUUCAUCCUAACUUGAAAUUUUUACCAAAAAAAAAUUACUUAUCACUUGUUUCAUUAAAGUCUAUCAAAAGUUAUGGAAUGUAUUGAGGGCGAUAGGUUGACAAUCUGAACCUCGCACAAGCCUGCUUUAAACAAUUAUUUCCAUGCCUUUGAGCCAUUGUGAAUUCACUGUUAUUCAUUUUCUCCUUUGCAAUUCAACACGGAAUAAAAAAAAACCCUCAGCUGCUUUUAAGAGCAUUGGGCUGGUACCUGUUUUUGUUUAACACGCCUCCCAGUUGAUCGACUACCGUCAGCCAUGGAUCGAGUUUGAAACCGUCGUCGCCACUUCGAGCAAGGAAGGCGGAUAUCUCGUCAUCGCUGUUGACUGA